AUGGAUAGAUUGUCCAAAGUCCACCAACUGGUCCGCCAGAAGAAUCCUGGAGACCAGAGGGAGGCGAAUGACAACUUCCAGGAUGGGAAACUACAGGUGAAUCAGGAAAUCACAGAUGAAGCAUUAACAGACCAAAAAGUGAUGGCCGGAGAGGCUUUGGACAGGAGGAACAUCUGGGAGCCGAGUGUUUACUACGCGCUGGGAAAGGAGUCUUUUUAUUUUGCUGGUCAUGACAUCAGCAUUCGCGAGUCUAUAGAUACUUAUGGUGCUCUGAUCUGGCCCGGGGCGGUAGCCUUGUGCCAGUUCUUGGAGAAUAACCAGCAUCAAGUGAACCUGAUGGACAAAGCGGUGCUGGAGAUUGGAGCUGGGACUGGCCUGCUCUCCGUUGUGGCAAGUCUGCUCGGGGCUUGGGUGACAGCUACAGACCUGCCAGACAUCCUAUCUAAUCUGACCUUUAACCUUCUGCGAAACACCAAGGGCCGCUCCCGCUACACCCCUCAGGUGGCUGCCCUCACCUGGGGUCAGGACCUAGAGCGGGACUUUCCCUACCCGUGCUAUCACUACGACUAUGUGCUCGCAGCUGAUGUAGUCUAUCACCAUGACUGUCUCGAGGAACUGCUGCGAACCAUGCGUCACUUUUGCCGACCAGGAAGUCAAACGACGCUGCUGUGGGCCAACAAGAUCCGGUUCCAGUCAGACCUGAGGUUCACAAAGUGCUUUAAGAGCAGUUUUAACACCACGCUGCUCGCCGAACUCCCACAGCAGGAGGUGAGCAUAUACAAGGCCACAGCGAAGGAAUGA